AUGGUGACGGGGUUGUUCCCGGGACCUGAUGGCUUGACAGGUGCGUGACAAUCCAGCUCUUCAAGCAUGUACGCCAAAGGCAAGAGUAACACUGUACCUUCUGACAGCCAAGCCAGGGAAAAGUUAGCACUGUAUGUAUAUGAAUAUCUACUCCAUGUAGGAGCACAAAAAUCAGCACAAACAUUUUUAUCAGAGAUACGAUGGGAGAAAAACAUUACUUUAGGGGAACCACCAGGAUUCUUGCAUUCGUGGUGGUGUGUAUUUUGGGACCUUUACUGUGCGGCACCUGAAAGAAGAGAAACCUGUGAACAUUCUAGUGAAGCAAAAGCCUUUCAUGAUUAUAGUGCAGCCGCAGCUCCCAGUCCAGUGCUAGGAAACAUUCCCCCAGGAGACGGAAUGCCAGUAGGCCCGGUACCACCGGGAUUCUUUCAGGGACCACCAGGUUCACAGCCCUCGCCACAUGCACAGCCUCCACCACACAACCCCAGCAAUCCCAUGAUGGGACCUCACAGCCAGCCUUUCAUGUCACCUCGUUAUCCAGGAGGCCCCAGGCCGCCCCUCAGAAUACCUAACCAGUCACUUGGAGGAGUCCCAGGAACACAACCAUUGCUGCCCAGUGGGAUAGAUCCAACACGGCAGCAAGGACAUCCAACCAUGGGUGGACCAAUGCAGAGAAUGACUCCUCCACGGGGUAUGGUUCCCCCCUUAGGACCACAGUCUGACCCUUGGUUAUCAUUGCAGAGUUACGGAGGAGGAAUGAGGCCCCCGCUGAAUGCUUUAGGUGGUCCAGGCAUGCCUGGAAUGAACAUGGGUCCCGGAGGUGGUCGACCAUGGCCAAAUCCACCUAACGCAAAUUCAAUACCAUAUUCAUCAGCAUCACCUGGUAAUUAUGUGGGACCCCCUGGUGGUGGAGGGCCUCCAGGAACUCCGAUCAUGCCUAGCCCAGGAGAUUCAACAAACUCCAGUGAGAAUAUGUACACAAUGAUGAAUGCUGUACCUCCUGGGGCCAGCAGGUCUAAUUUUCCAAUGGGUCCUGGCUCAGAUGGUCCAAUAGGGGCAAUGGGUGGAAUGGAACCACAUCACAUGAACGGAUCAUUAGGCUCUGGAGACAUGGAUGGCAUUUCCAAGAAUUCUCCCAGUAACAUAAGUAUGAGUAAUCCGCCUGGCACUCCACGUGAUGAUGGAGAGAUGGGUGGGAAUUUCCUGAAUCCCUUUCAGAGUGACAGCACGCCUCAACAGAUGGCCGGGAUUUCAGUCAAAGAUUGCAGUUUAGAGGCUCAAGAAAUGGCUAGACAUUCAGUCAAAGAAAGGAUUAAAUCACAGUAUUCUCCAAGCAUGACAAUGAGUGUGUGAUCUUGUAUCCACCCUCUUGAUCAAGACCAGAAUGGUUUGCCCUCUUAAAAGAUGAAAAAAGUACAUCCAAGAGAAGAAUGAAAUAUUUUGCAAAGGUCUACAGAAAACAGAGGUUUUGAUUCUAGCAAAGACCCUGUUGUUCUUCUGCAAAUGACAAUAAUGUCUCAUUGUGUACUGAAAGCGGGUCCAAAAUAUUCUUUUUAAGUUUACAAAACCUCAGAGACUGAACAGUUCAACCAUUUAUAUGUAGGAUAUGCCUGAUCUAGGCAUAACAUAAAAUAACUUACAUGACCUCCCACAGUUUAAUAAGACAUGGUGUGCUUGAUUCAGCUGUUUGAAAGAAUACAAUCAGAAACACGGCUUAAUGUGAGUCUUCUUUCUUCUGUUUUUUUCCCUUCCAAAUUCAUUUUUUAGUCUAAAUAUUUCAGAAGUUAUGUUACAUGUAAUUUUGUAUUGCAUAAACAGGCUCCUAAUGAUACCUCUUUUUAUGCUUUAUAAGUCAUCAUUGCUAGUUGGUGGAACAAAAAUACUAGCCAAACGCUGUAGGAUAAGAUAAACAUGGAAGGGAAAAAGAAAAGUAAAUGAAUAUCUUGCACUUAACAUUGUGUUCAGUAAGUGUUAUUCAUUGAAUUAGAACUAUGUACUUGUCCUGUGUUAUAAGAGAGAGCCUAUCUUUUAAUCAUAGAGUGUAGUGGUGGAUUCAGGUCCUUAUCCACAGUUCUGGCACACCAGUGUUGAGCACGAGAUGGAAUAUGCUUAUGGUCACUGAUAAUAGCCAGUAGGUUCUAUAGUAAUUACAACUCAGAAAUUAGCAAAUUAUUUUUUCUUUCUCCUCUUUAUUCCCCUUUACUCCAAUAGCUGUAAAAUGUGCUGAAACAUAGUGAUCUGGGAGCACAAUUAAGAAUAUUCAAGGUAAAUUGUAGAACUUGUGGGACCUUGGUCCACCACUAACAGAAAAUGGCCAAUUUUCCUUAGUUAAUGUUGCCCCAUAAAGAUCUGCAUUUUAGCCAUUACCUCUUUUUAAAAAAAAAUUGAAAAUGAAACUAUCUUUUGUAAAUUUUCAUGUAUUCCUUAUUCUUCCUUCUGUGCAAAAUGAUAUAUUGUAAAUGUACAUUAUGUGUAGAUUGUAACAAACUGUAGUUUUCUUUUUUGGUUUUUGAUUUGUAUGUGUGUGAGGU